AUGGAUCUUCUAACCUUCAAAAAUGGCCUCAUCGAUGAGGAUGGCAUUCUCUCGUCGUGGCAAAGCAACGAAUGCUGCAGAUGGAAUGGUGUUGAGUGCAACAACACCACUCGCCAUGUCAUCACACUCCAACUUGAUGAUGCAAAUUUGAGGGGUAAGAUUGGCUCUUCGUUGCUUGAGUUGCAUCAUUUAAAUUAUCUUGAUCUCAGUCGGAAUGAUUUUGGAGGCAUUCUAAUCCCGGAAUUCAUUGGUUCCAUGAAACAGUUGCAACACUUGUAUCUUAGGAGUUCUAACUUUUCUGGGAUCGUUCCUCCUCAGAUAGGGAACCUUACCAACCUGCGCUCACUUGACCUCUCGUAUAACUCUUUGAAAACUGAGAAUAUUGAUUGGCUUUCUAGUCUUGUAUUGGAAUCACUCGAAAUACUGGACUUGUCUUCUAAUAAACUCAAUGGAUCGAUACCCGACCUGAGUCAAUUUUCUUCAUUGACACAAAUGAACCUUUCCGCGAAUAACUUUACAGGCUCCAUUCCUCUAAGUAUAGGCCAACUCUCCAAGCUUCAACUUCUAGAUCUUUCUCAUAAUUCUUUGGAAGGUUUAGUCUCUGAAUCCCACUUCAUCAAGCUUGAUAAGUUAAAGACACUUGACUUAUCCUUCAAUUCAUUGAUCUUUGAUAUUCCCCUUGAUUGGAGCCCUCCUUUUCAGUUGAAAUCUAUAUCUUUAGCCGGGUGCAAUGUGGGUUCAUAUUUUCCAAAAUGGAUCCGAACUCAGAGGAAUUUGUCGUAUCUUGAUCUCAGUAGUGCCAAUAUAACAGAUGAAGCCCCUAGGUGGUUGUGGCAUUCGUCUUCUUUAUUACAAAACUUAUAUCUCUACGACAAUAAAAUAAGUGGUAUAGUUCCAAAUUUAUCGUCCACCUCCAUCGAGUUCAUGGAUCUUAGUUACAAUCAUUUCUCAGGUUCUAUACCAAUAUUUCCUGCAAAUGCUAAUGUUAUUUACUUGAGUGGAAAUAUGUUCACCGGUUCAAUUUCAUCUAUUUGCGAAACGCACCACCAUCGGCUUAGAUACCUCCUUAUCUCACAUAAUAAGUUGUCAGGGGAUGUUCCCAACUGUUGGGAGAAUAUGCCCAACUUGCACACUCUCCAUUUGGCUAACAACAGUCUUUCUGGUGAAAUUCCCGCCUCUUUCGGCAAUUUACAAAACUUUGUUUCACUAAAAAUGCAUGACAACAACUUAUCUGGUGAAUUGCCUUACAAUUUGAGACAUUGCCAAGAAUUGAGAUUCAUUGACGUUGGAGGGAACAAUUUAAAUGGAGAGAUCCCCGCUUGGAUUGGCCAGAUGUAUAACAUGCAAUAUCUAAUCCUUCGUGGUAAUAAAUUGCAUGGCAGUAUUCCUCGCGAGAUAUGCCAUCUUACUAAUAUUCUUGUUUUGGAUUUGUCCCUAAACAAUCUGUCUUCGAUAAUACCUGAUUGCUUCAACAAUUUCACUACGUUGGCUCGUAAGAAUGCUACAAAUCUUGAUAUAGAUUGUUCUGGUUCAAUAUACUUGGGAUUUUUUUCACUUCAUUGGAAAGGUCAUGAAUUGGAAUAUAGGGGAAAUCUCGGGUUUCUUAAACUCAUUGAUAUUUCAAGCAAUAGAUUGGUCGGCAACAUUCCAAAAUCAUUUGCCCACUUGAGGGGAUUAAAAUCCCUGAAUCUAUCAAGAAAUAGUUUGACAGGACAUAUAAUUCCUGAUAUUGGCCAAAUGGUGAUUCUAGAUUCUUUUGAUCUAUCACACAACCAACUUUCAGGCAAGAUACCUACAGGUUUGACAGAAAUAUACUCUCUUGGUUUUCUUGAUUUGUCGAACAACAAUUUAUCCGGAAAAAUCCCAACGAGCACUCAACUUCAAAGCUUCGAUGCAUCAUCUUAUGCUAAUAAUCAUGAACUUUGUGGUGACCCUCUUCCAAAAUGCCCUGAUGAUAGCUUGAGGCCUUCCACCACAAAUCCAGGGGUAAACAUGAAUGAGAAAGAUGGCAACAACUUCUCAUUUAUGGAGGAAGUUGGUAUAUCAAUGGGCUUUGGUUUUAUCUUUGGAUUUUGGGGUGUUGUUGGUUUGUUCAUAUUGAAGAAAUCAUGGAGAAUUGCAUUCUUUACAUUUCUGGAUGUGGCUGGAGAUUGGGUCUACGUUAGGACUUCUGUGUUUGUAUCCAAAUGGAGAUCAAACUAA